GUGUCCAACAUGUCCAAACAAAAAGUGUCCUACUUUUUUAAUCCCGACGUGGGCAAUUUCCAUUACGGUGCCGGUCAUCCCAUGAAACCUCACAGACUUUCGGUCAUUCACAGCUUGAUCCUGAACUAUGGCCUUCACAAGCACAUGCAAAUUUACAGACCCUACAAGGCCAGCGCGCAUGAUAUGUGUAGGUUUCAUUCGGACGAGUAUAUCGAUUUUUUACAAAAAGUAACUCCGCAAAACAUACAGGCUUUCACCAAACACUUGAGCCACUAUAACGUGGGGGAUGACUGUCCCGUAUUCUACGGAUUGUUCGAUUUUUGUUCAAUGUACACAGGCGCUUCGCUUGAAGGGGCCAUGAAACUUAACAACAACGACUGCGAUAUUGCCAUAAACUGGUCCGGAGGUUUGCAUCACGCGAAGAAAUUCGAAGCGUCUGGAUUUUGUUACGUGAAUGACAUCGUCAUAGGCAUACUGGAACUGCUCAAAUAUCACCCAAGAGUACUCUACAUAGACAUAGACGUUCAUCACGGGGACGGAGUCCAAGAGGCUUUCUAUCUCACUGAUCGUGUAAUGACUGUGAGUUUCCACAAGUACGGCAAUUACUUCUUUCCGGGCACUGGCGACAUGUACGAAAUCGGCGCCGAAAGUGGCAGAUAUUAUUCUGUCAAUGUACCCUUGAAAGAGGGCAUCGACGACGCCAGUUACUGGCAGGUAUUCAAACCCGUGAUUUCCAAUGUUAUGGAGUUUUAUCAGCCCACGGCUAUUGUGCUCCAGUGCGGGGCAGACUCGCUAGCUAAUGACAGGUUAGGUUGCUUUUCCUUGAGCACCAAAGGGCACGGGGAGUGUGUCAAGUUCGUUAAAAGCUUGAAUGUGCCCACUUUGGUGGUCGGAGGCGGAGGCUACACCCUCAGAAACGUCGCGAGAUGCUGGACAUACGAAACUUCCUUACUCGUAGAUGAACAAAUAUCAAAUGAAUUGCCUUACACGGAAUAUCUUGAAUUUUUCGCUCCCGACUUUACCUUGCAUCCGGACGUGGUCACAAGGCAAGAAAACGCCAACAGUAAACAAUACCUCGAAGCUAUUACAAAGUUCGUUUACGACAAUCUAAAGACAUGCCAGCACGCGCCCAGCGUGCAGAUGCACGAGGCACCCGGCCCCGCCAUCGCUGACGAAGCAAAAAUUAAAGAAGAAGAGGACCCGGACGUCCGCGUCAGUCAGGAACUCGAAGACAGAAUGGUGGAAGCGAAAAACGAAUUCUAUGAUGGCGAUAAAGACAACGACAAGGACGACGCGAAGAGUUGAUGUCAAUUAUAAUUUAGUUAUUAAUUUAAUGUAAUCGAAAUAUUUUAUAUUUUUUAUUAAAGCGAGAAAUGUAAAGGUGGACUUUACUAAAUUUUUGCAGGACUGAAUAUAA